AUGACUGCCAACUCCACUUCCUCUCACGAGCCCACCAAGGGUGGCUCGGAGCCCGUCACCAAGAAUGGCGAGGCAACCAACAGUGCCAAGGACACCAACGGUACCACCGAGACGGAGACAGUCACCGAGAAGGCGGCCGAGACUCCUGUUGCCGCCGGGUCCAUCAGCACCGUCAAGAACAUCUACAAGUCUGCCAAGGAUAAGGACGGCGACUGGACCUGGACGGAGAAGUACCCCGAGGACGUCGAGGAGGCGGCCGAGAACGAGGAGACGGAGAAGUUCGCCGUCCUCGUCCGCAACAUCAAGAGCCAGGACAGCCGCAAGAAGCUUGAGGCCCACUCCAUCGUCAUCCAGUCUCCCUGGCUGAAGGACGCUCUCAGCGAGAUCCUCGCCGACUACCCCGGUGUGGCAUGCGAGCUGAAGCGCCUGGUCUUUGAGGCUCCCUUCGCUCCUUUUGUGCACCGGUGGGCAGAGUUCACCGAGUACAUUGAGCGCAAGGACCUGGAGACCACCACCAAGGAGCACCUCGUCAUCCUCCACGAUAUUCUCAAGUACGAGAUCGGCGACAGCAUUAAGGCUUUUGAGGACUACGUGCUCAACGGCGUUAUCACCUUCGAGCACCUGUGGAUGAUCUUCCAGCCCGGCUCCAUCAUUCUCUCCGCUCACAAGGGACCGGUGUCUGCUUUUGAGCUCGAGGAGUCCGAGUACAUGUCAAACCAGUGCGGCAAGUUCCUCCGCCUGCGCGCCGACUGUGUCGACUACAGCGGAAAGAACUUCGGUCGAUACACAGAGCGGAUCGACAUCCCAGAGUUCCUCGGAACAAAGAAGAUCACCGGCCUCAACGCUUUCCCGUGGGCAUUCCAUGAGGAGAGAGACGCCAUCCGCGCCGCCUUGAUCAAGCGAGGCAAGGUGUUUGAGGACCUGGCCGGCCACCACUACAAGGCUUACAACGGCCCCGCCAUCACCUGGGACCGAGAGGGCAACGAGGUCCAGAUCAACGUGUCGGGCCGGAUUGUCGUUGAUAUCAACAGCUUCAACCGGUUCUCUCCGUACCGUAAGAGGUACACCAGCGAGUGGAACGCGAAGGACCUGGAGAGGCUCACCACAUACAAGCAACAGCAUGGUCUGAAUAAGGGCAACCUGAGGCUGACGCCCUACCACCAGAUGCUGGCGCGUUCGAGGACUCGUGGCUACAGCUUGACGCUGAAGAAGUGGCUUGACUUCUUUGUCGAGACCGUAGGCGAGAUCAAGUGGAACAACAGCGCCUUUGAGAAGCUCGUCCUCCCUGAGGACCAGAAGGAGCUCAUUCUUGCCUUCUCCGAGUCUCAGCUGGAGGGCUCUGCCUUCGACGAUGUCAUCUCCGGAAAGGGCAAGGGCAUCAUCUGCCUGCUGUCCGGUCCUCCAGGUGUCGGUAAGACACUAACCGCUGAGGCGGUUGCCGAGAACCUCAAGGUGCCCCUGCACACUCUCAGCUCAGGCGACCUAGGCUCCGAGCCAUGGGAGGUAGAGAGCGGCCUGUCGCGGAUCCUCGAGCUCGUCGCGCGGUGGAAUGCCAUCCUGCUCCUCGACGAGUGCGACGUCUUCCUCGAGGCGCGCUCGACGCACGACCUGGAGCGCAACAAGGUUGUGUCCAUCUUCCUGCGCACGCUCGAGUACUACGAGGGCAUCCUGUUCAUGACGACCAACCGCGUCGACAACAUCGACGCCGCCUUCCAGUCGCGCAUCCACGUCUCGCUCGAGUACCCGGACCUGACGACCGACUCGCGCCGCCAGAUCUGGCGCAACUUCCUGUCGGCGGCCACCCUCAAGGCCGAGGUCAGCGAGGCCGACAUCGACGACCUCGCCCGUCUGCAGCUCAACGGCCGCCAGAUCAAGAACAUCCUCAAGACGGCGCAGCUGCUCGCCUCGCGCAAGAAGAGCGUGCUCAAGCGCAGCUUCAUCGACACCGUGCUGGCCAUCGAGAAGCGCCGCCCGGCUGCCAUCGCGCAGGAGUGA